CUUUCCGUUACUCACAAAUCGUCCUAUUGUUUGCAAAGAGAGGAGCAACAGAAAUCUGUGUCGGGUAAAGAAUUUCAAACGACAACCAUAGAAAAUAAAUACAAAAAAUAUUAAGUUUUGGUUUGCUGCUUUUUCAAAAUGUCAAAAACCUACACAAUCGGUCGAUGGGUCCAAGCUGAUUUGAAAGUAAUUUGUAAGUACGUUAGCAUGAUGAGGAAGGCCACGACGGUUACCCAUCCUGCAUUGGUUGCUUUACAAGAACUCAUCGAAUCUGACCCAGAAGUAAACAUGCUAUUCACCACCAUGUUUGAACAGAAAUUUGAGCCACCACAGCCCAAUCCCAUCUCGGAUUAUAUGGAUAUGCUUCUUAAGAUGCAACCAGUCAUUGAAUCCGCUCCUGUGUAUGGAUGCCAACUUGGCAGUGCACCUCUGAAUCAUCUUUUGAUUUACGUAAUGGCAACCCCUUCUGGUACAAUGGCAUUUAUAAAUGACAAAGUUAACAGGUGCUUCAAAGAUAUUUUAAACGCUUGGGCACAGCUUUUGAACCACCCUGACUCAAAGGAAGUGUUAAAUAGAGUGGAUGGUUGGCUUUGUCCCAAAGCAUUGAACGAAAUGGGUGGAGAUUUCUUAAAUACGUUCAAAGUCGAUCUUAAAGAUCCGUACUAUGGUUUCACAUGCUGGAACGAUUACUUUGCUCGGCGACUCAAGGACGACACCGUGAGACCAAUUGCCGAACCGGACAACCCCUACGCAUUCUGUUCUCCGUGCGACGCCAUACCUUAUUAUAUUUCCAAGGAUCCCAAACUCCGUGAUGACUUCUGGAUCAAAGAACAACCGUACAGUUUGCAGCAUCUGAUGGACGAUGAUGAAUUGAGCAAAAAGUAUGUUGGUGGGAGUGUUUAUCAAGCUUUUCUUGACACAGCUAACUACCAUCGUUGGCACUCGCCGGUCGACGGCAAGAUAAUAAAAGCUUACAUUAAAGAAGGUGCCUACUAUGCUGAAGCUCUUUCCAUGGGCUACGAUCCAACAGCCAACACAUACUCCCAACGUUAUCUCAGUCAUGUGGAUAAUCGCGCCAUAAUGCACAUCGAGACGGAGAAGCUUGGCACGGUGAUUUUCAUUGCUGUAGGAAUGGCUGAAAUAUCUAGCUGUGUCAUACAGGCCUAUUAUGGUCAGGAGGUAAAAAAAGGUGAAAUGAUCGGUACAUUUCAGUUUGGUGGGUCCACCUACCUCCUUGUCUUUGAGAAAGGCCUCAAUAUCAAGUUUGAUGCUGAAGAUAUCCCCGAAGACAAAUGGAGUACGACUUUACAGAAGGUUAACAGUUCACUGGGACAUCGCAUUAUAAAAAGAUACUGAAAGAUCUGUGCUUCUGUUGUGAAAAACAUUUUUCAUCAUAUAACCACUUAUAAAAAAAUAGCUAAAAGUAGUUUAUGGCUAUGUCAAUGCUUAUUUUCAAUGUAAUCCUUAAUAAAAACAUAUACGAAAAGACUUUUUUCCUUAUAGAUGUUUACUUUUUAUUUAAUCCUUGAUAAAGACAUAUAUGAUAAUGUUUUUGUUAUGUAGCCAGUUCAUAAUGUUUCUUUUCGAUGUAACCGCAAAUAUAGUGUUAAAUUAAACUGGUUUUAGCUGUGUA